AAGAACAAGCUCUACUAUCAUCCACAAACAUCAAUCUCAUUGACCCCAAAACCAUCCAACUUCUUUAGGGAAAACUCUAGGACCAUCCAACUUCUUUAGGGCAAACUCUAGUAUCAUCCACCCAUAUUGAUCUCACUGACCCCAAACCUCUCCAACUCUUUAACCCUAAACUAAAGGGCAGGCACUUGGUUUUCUCAAUAAAUACUGAACUUGGGUAGCAAAAGAGCAAGCUGGGAAUACCUGGAAAGAGAUAUGGAGGAGAGUUUGAUAGUAAGCGUGAGCAUAGCAGCGUUGUUAUUGCUAUGGUGGGGAACAUGGGCAUUGAAGAAGCCAAGGAAGUUGAAGCUACCACCAGGGCCAGCAGGGCUGCCAGUGAUAGGAAACCUGCAUAUGCUUGGAAGCCUUCCCCAUCGAAGUCUGCGAAAACUUUCACAGGAGUAUGGGGAACUCAUGGCUUUGCAGCUGGGCUCUGUGCCCACAGUGGUGGCUUCAUCCCCGGAGGCGGCCAGGCAGAUUCUCAAGACCCAUGACCUGAAUUUUGCCGGGCGGCCGUCCAUGAGCUUUGGGCAUAAGGUGGUGUACGGCUCCAAGAGCGUGGCCUUCUCCUCCUACGGCGCAUAUUGGCGGCAGCUGCGCAAGAUCUUCACCACCCGUCUGCUCAGCCUCCGCCGGAUCGAAUCAUUCAGACAUGUCAGAGAAAUCGAGACGUUUGCCAUGGUUGACGGACUCUUUCAGAACUGUAAAUCCACCGCGCCGCCACUCCUGUUAAUGAUAGCAGGCUGGUGGGCUUGCUUACUAAUAACAUCAACUGCCGUAUGGCGUUUGGAAGAAAGUUUUCGUAAGAGGAGAUUGAUAACAGAGGAUUCAAGGGGCCUUGUGCGCCGCCAGGAGGAGGCUCAUAAGACUUUUGACGCCUUCAUUGAGAAAGUUAUACGUGAGCAUGAGUUGCAUGGCGAUCGAGACGAGUUUCAUGCAGUUUUCGUCCAUGAAUUGCUUGCCCUCACACGACUUCAUGAUGACGACGAGAUGAAAAUUACAAGGGAAACUGUCAAGGCUAUCAUUUUUAUAUUGAACUUGGGUAGCAAAAGAGCAAGCUGGGAAUACCUGGAAAGAGAUAUGGAGGAGAGUUUGAUAGUAAGCGUGAGCAUAGCAGCUUUGUUAUUGUUAUGGUGGGGAACAUGGGCAUUGAAGAAGCCAAGGAAAUUGAAACUACCACCAGGGCCAGCAGGGCUGCCAGUGAUAGGAAACCUGCAUAUGCUUGGAAGCCUUCCCCAUCGAAGCCUGCGAAAACUUUCGCAGGAGUAUGGGGAACUCAUGGCUUUGCAGUUGGGCUCUGUCCCCACAGUGGUGGCUUCAUCCCCAAAGGCGGCCAUGAAGAUUCUCAAGACCCAUGACCUGAAUUUUGCUGGGCGGCCGUCCAUGAGCUUUGGGCAUGAGGUGCUGUACGGCUCCAAGAGCAUGGCCUUCUCCUCCUACGGCGCAUAUUGGCGGCAGCUGCGCAAGAUCUUCACCACCCGUCUGCUCAGCCUCCGCCAGAUCGAAUCAUUCAGACAUGUCAGAGAAAGCGAGACGUUUGCCAUGGUUGACGGACUCUUUCAGAACUGUAAAUCCACCGCCGCCGCCACUCCUGUUAAUGUUAGCAGGCUGGUGGGCUUGCUUACUAAUAACAUGAACUGCCGUAUGGCGUUUGGAAGAAAGUUUUCGGAAGAGGAGAUUGAUAACAGAGGAUUCAAGGACAUGAUUCAGGAGGUUUUUUAUCUCGGUGGUGCUUUUAAUCUGGGGGAUUUUAUUCCUUGGUUGCAGUGGAUGGAUUUGCAGGGCCUUGUGCGCCACCAGAAGGAGGCUCAUAAGACUUUUGACGCCUUCAUUGAGAAAGUUAUACGUGAGCAUGAGUUGCAUGGCGAUCGAGACGAGUUUCAUGCAGAUUUCGUCCAUGAAUCGCUUGCCCUCACACGACUUGAUGAUGAUGACGAGAUGAAAAUUACAAGGGAAACUGUCAAGGCUAUCAUUUUUGAUGUUUUGGUUGGUGGAUGUGGCACUUCAACAGUGGCAUUGGAGUGGGCAAUGUCUGAAAUAUUGUUGAACCCUUCAAUUGCGAAGAAAAUACAAGAAGAGUUAGAUAGGGUGCUGGGACCUCAACAUAAAUAUGUAGAGGAGUCAGAUCUUCCACAACUAGAGUACUUGAUGGCCGUGGUGAAGGAAUCAUUGAGAGUCCAUCCACCAGUGCCUCUACUUAUUCCACAUGAAUGCAUGCAUGAUUGCACUAUUUUUUUUUAUGAUAUUCCUAGUAAGUGUCGUGUAAUAGUGAAUAUUUGGGCCAUUGCUAGAGAUCCUACUAUAUGGGAGAAGGCUGAUGUGUUCAAACCAGAGAGAUUUGCUGGCAACCCCAUUGAUGUCAAAGGCCAAAAUUUUGAGGUUCUACCCUUUGGAUCGGGUAGGAGAGGAUGCCCUGGUCAACUUCUAGGGUUUACUGUUGUGGAGCUUGCCUUGGCAAAUCUAUUGCAUUUCUUCGACUGGAGACUUCCAGAUGGAAUGAAUCCAAAUGAUUUAGAUAUGGUAGAGCAAUUUGGGUUGUCCACACCAAGGACACAAAAUCUCUUUGCUAUUCCCAUCCCUCGUCAAAAAGUAUGAUGUUGUGUCACAACCCUCCUUUACCACCUUUUUGAUUUAAAUACAAAACUCUAUUAUAUUUGGAUAAACUAUUGAAUGAAUAUUGUAAGGGAAUAAAAAUAAUAAACCACACACACACAUGGAAAACACAUAUAUAUUUUUAAUUGGUUAUUUAAUUUCCCUCACCCAAAUUAAGGCACAUGUUGUAGGAGGAAUAAGAAGCUUCUAGAGGCUUCUCCACCACCCUUGCAUGUAACUCCUCCCACUAAGCCUAAUCAAUUUGCAUGGAGGCCAAAUUGGGAGAGAAUCUCUUUUUUUUCAAUUAAAAAUUAGGUAGUGGGAAUUUGAAAUUUCUUUUAUAAAAGAGGUACAAGUUUCAAAAUGAGUGUUGGCUAUUCCAUAAGAAAUUCUGCAAGUUAAAUUCUCCUUUGUAGUCAAUUUUCAUUUUCAGCUAAGAUUUUGUUGGGAGGACUUCUCUUCAAUUUGGAGGAUCAAGGAAGACUCUACACCAUUUUCAAGCA